GUAUUCCCCCUCCAGAAAACGCGUCGCUUCUCCUUCCUCCUCGCUUCCUCUCUCUCUCUCUCUCUCUCUCUCUUCUGCAACGCCAUAUAUUGACAUCUCUCCAGCCUUGCAAUCCGAAUCCGAAUCCGAAUCCGAAGCCCUCGAAGAUGUCGUCGCCCGCCGUCCUCCCCAUCUCCAACCCCCAGCCCGCCGCCGCCGUCCCCGCCGCCGCCAACUCCGGCCAGCCGCAGCCCCCGAUCGCCACCCCGGCCUUCCGUGCCCUCAUCAACCACCUCUCCAACUCCCUCAACAACGGCCUCUCCCAGCGCCGCCCCUGGGCCGAGCUCGCCGACCGCUCCGCCUUCUCCAAGCCCGAGUCCCUCUCCGACGCCGCCCUCCGCGUCCGCAAGAACUACUCCUACUUCCGCGUCAACUACCUCACCGUCGUCGCCGCCGUCGUCGCCUUCUCCCUCAUCACCAACCCCGUCUCCCUCAUCUUCCUCGCCGCCCUCCUCGCCGCCUGGCUCUUCGGCUACCUCUUCCGGCCCUCCGACUCCCCGGUCGUCCUCUUUGGCCGCACCUUCUCCGAUCGCGAGACCCUCGGCAUCCUCAUCGUCCUCAGCGUCGUCGUCAUCUUCCUCACCAGCGUCGGAUCCGUCCUCAUCUCCGCCCUCCUCGCCGGGGUGGCCGUCGUCUGCGUCCACGGUGCCUUUAGGGUUCCCGAGGACCUCUUCCUCGACGAGCAGGAGAACGCCUCCACCGGAUUCCUCUCCUUCCUCGGCGGCGCCGCCUCCAAUGUCGCCGCCGCUGCCGCCCCCGCGGUCGCAUCCCGCGUCUGAGGUCGAGAUCGUUCGCGAUCGGAUCAGAUCCGAUCGGAUCGGCUGGGUUUUAGCUUUUACGGUAGAUAAAAGAAAUAAUCGUGUAAGUGAAUUUUUUUUUUUUUUUUUUUUUUUUUGUGAUUUACAUUCGUAGAUUUGUAGGAUCUGGAUACUAUGUGCGUGGAUCUGUUACUUUCAUGUUCAAAGCGAUUACGUUUUUGUAGGAUAUGAACUAUGAAUACUCUGAUUCAUUCAAUUGAUAGGCUCAAUGUUGGAUACUCCA